AUGGUUCCUUUGAUUGGGGAACGUUUAAAGACAGUUUUCAGUAGGCAAAAGAGUUAUGCAGAUCUAAGGUGGAAAGAUGUAGAAUUUGCAAUGGGUGACUAUGUGUUCCUAAAGGUCUCCCUUAUGAAGGGAGUCAUGAGGUUUCGAAAGAAAGGCAAACUGGCACCCCAAUACAUAGGGCCUUUUGAGAUCACAGACAGACCAGAUACGGUGGAGUUGGAUGAGGACUUGAUGUUCGAGGAGCAACAUAUUGCCAUAGUGGAUUAUCAGAUAAGACAACUUCGAUCAAAGCAGAUCCCUAUGGUUAAGGUUCUGUGA